UAACUAGGUUAAAAAUAAAAAAGGCUAUUGUAUCCCUAAGUAUAUAUAAGGACUUUUAUAUUGUAUUGUUUUUGGUACCAUGUAUGGUUAAAAAGAUUUUUUGUAGUAUGGUAUAAAAUAAAAUAAUUCAGGUUUUAAAAUUUAAAAUGAAUAGUAAAGAAGUUGAGCGAAAGAUUGAGGAGUAUGAACAAUUUGUAGAAAAAAGGUUAAAGGAAGACCUUAAGGACAUUGAAGUGAUUCUAAAUAGUAAAGUAUCCAAAUACAAAGACUGGGAAGAUGUAAAACAAAUUGUGAAAACACUGAAAGAAUUUAAAGCAAAAGAUAGUGAUAUGUCAGUCCGUUUGGACAUUGGUCGUGGUAUAUUAUUGACUGGGGAAAUUGAAGAUUUUGAAAGCACUUAUGUGUGUAUAGGUUUAGGUUAUAUGUUAGAAAUGGAUUGUGAUGAAGCUAACAAAUAUUCAGAUAUACGAUUAAAAUUAUUAAAGAAGGAGAUUGACCACUUUAGAAAGUUAGCUGUAGAUGUAAAAGUUCAUAUUAAAAUGGUUUUAUUAGCUAUAAAUGAAUUGCAAGUUUCCUUAAUACCUCCAACAUUAAAAAAAAGUUAGAAAAGUUUGUGUUUAUAAUAAAUAUCAAUAAAGUUGUUUAAGAGUAGAAAUCUUAAUUAAUACAAUUAAAUUGUAUAUUGUGUUAAAGUAUACGUGGUUUUAAAAUCUGUGAUCCUUUAUAGGCAAUGUAAGAUCAAAGAUUAGUUUUAUAUAAAUAAAUUAA